AUGCCGUCGAGUCGAGAUCACCGCAUUGCCCGUGAGCUGCUGGACAUUGAAAAGGACAAGGACAACUCGGGCGUUUUCGCACACUCCGUCGAUGGCGUCCGUCUGGACCGUCUCAAGGGUUCGUUCCCUGGGCCACCAGACACACCAUACGCCACUGGUACAUUUGUCGUCAACAUCACGGUCCCGGAACAGUAUCCUUUCAAAGCACCCGAGAUCAGAUUUGAAACUCGGGUCUGGCACCCCAAUAUCAGCAGCCAAACUGGAUAUAUCUGCUUGGAUGUCCUAAGUAGAAACUGGUCACCUGUGAACACGAUCAAGACGGCCCUGCUCUCGUUACGUAUGCUGCUUGAAACCCCGAAUGCGUCUGAUCCCCAGGAUGCCGAGGUCGCCAGCAUGCUCCUAGGAAAUCCGGAGCAGUUCAAACUUGUCGCGCACGACUGGGCCGUGCGCUACGCCGGCGCCACGCGAACUCUGCCGCAGCCAGGGACCUUGGGCCCUUUUCAGACCCCCUCGCCGGCGGUGGACCCCAGAAGCUAUGCAGGUUACAACAAGAAUCUCGUGGACCGCUUUGCCGAUAUGGGCUUCUCUGUGGCAUCUGUUGUCGCAGCCUUUACGCAACUCGGAGUCGAUCGUCGUGACGGCAGAGAUUACGAGAUGGAGCCUGGCCUUAUUGGCGAUGUCACGUCCUGCUUGUUCAACGAAUAG